AAUCAUUGUGGUCAGUAAAAUAAUGUCUUGACUCAUUUUUGCUAACUAUAUUUGUUAUGCCAUAAGUCUCUCGGGUUUCAAGUUCCAUGCCUACAUACAUAUUAUACAUACUUACCACCCUGAAUUGCUCAAAAGCAGAAUAUCACCCCACCAGCUAACGCGACACUUUAUCACGAACUUCCAUUGCAAUGUCAGGUGUUUUACUGCCCCAUAAUCGGACAAUCGGCGAAACGGUUCGAGUUUCUCACACGUGGGCUAAUGGGAGAAUUUGCCAUUUUAGGUAUCCUAUAGUAUUUCCAUGCCCCAUCCCAUAAUUCCCAUAUUUUGGUAAACCUCGCCCGCCAUAUGUAUAUAAGUAUGUAAGUAUGUAUGUACUUGGCACUAAUUGCUCCGAGUGGCAAUAACACAAUAAUAAACAAAAGCAAAUACAAGUGUUUUUUGCCUUGUUUACGGAUCAGUGCAGAUUUGCCCGGGAAUUGGUAUAAUUUCCGUUAAUCGUUGCACACAGAACAAAAUUCAUAAUAUUGUUAUAUUAAAGAAAUACUGGAUAGAAACUAUCUACAUAGGUCAAAAGAUUACACUAUAUAACAUAUUUAAAUUGCAGGAUAUUAGUAUUUAAUCUAGAAAUAGCUAUACUUUACCAUUCUUUAUACCAAGAAUUAAGCUGAUAAAUUAUUUUCCAUAUCCAUAUCCAUAUUCCAUUUUGACACCUGUAGACGUAAUUAAAAGUCAAACACCCACAUUUUCUUUCACCUAUGAUUAAUUGUUUGGCUGAUUCACGGCGAAUAUGGCGUGUUUCCAAUGACUUGUAGCGAUUGCUUAAGGGAUUUAAAGGUAUUCUUCUUCCAUUAUUGAAUAAUACUUGCCUUUUCAAAGUUUAUUUGAAAAAGGAGAAGCUAGAAGUAGUUUUUAAAGUUCCCAUUAACCCAUAUAUUGGAAUCACGCGAGGUAAACAAAUACUAUAUAAACAAAACGAUCCCCAUGUGACGCAUCCGAGUUGCGCUAUCGCUGAGUCAAGUUUCAAAGUCUUGAAUAAUAAAUGAUAAUUGUUGCAAAAGCAGCAACAAAAUUGAUAACUGCAGUGGGGCGUACAAAUUGUAUUUAGUAUAGUAUAAUAUAGUAUAGUAACACACGGCCUGAGAUCAACUGGGGAGAUGGAAGCGAUGCACCUAUUGAGCCAUUGACCCACUAAAAUAAUAUAUGAAUAAAUAUAAAGCUCGAUGGUUGGUUGAAAAUCAAGGGGGGUUUGGGUGAAGGGGGUUCCCCAUUGCGUGCAGAAAACAAAAACCCGUUUCGCUUUCAUUUCGCUUCCGACCAAAGUUCAAGGCACUUUAAAAUGGCCCUGAAAUUGUUGUUAUGUACUUCCCAUCAAGUUGGCAUGCAGCUCAUUUGGUUAUAUGCUAACCGACAUUCGAAUAAUUGGAUUUUUAAUGAUUAACUAGGAAAUGUAUAGUUUAGUUUUAGUUUACUUAUAGCAUAAGUGCUAUAUAAGCGAUAUAUAGCUACUAUUUAGCUGCACUUAGCUGUAAUUUUCAAAUGUUUAUGCACAUCAUUCGAUUUUUUAUAAAUAGAUAUUCAAAUGAGAUUUUGGCGUGCCGAAAAGUACAAAUUCGAAUCUGAUCCCAAAAGCAUAAUGUGGAUUAGGAGAUAACCCCCACGGCUUUCAAUAUAGCCUGCCUCAGACAUUUUGUGGUCUUCCGGGCUAUUUCCAUGCGAUUUCUUGGAAGCGAUUUUUAUCAAGAGGGCCGGCCUGAUCGACGGGCAAAGUUCUGUGCGUUAACCGGCGGGCCUCCACUCGACUGAUAAGUUUGCCAUAUAUCAAUAUGCCAGCGAUUAGCUGCUGGCUGGCUAUUGGCAGUUGGAAAAUGUAAACAUGGGGCAUACAUUUGGUUAGUUGCCAAUCCAUUGAUUUGUGGGGUCUAUAUUAAUAGGCGUCUGCUUGCAUAAAUUAAUUUGCACAUUUUCGCCUUCAAUCCGAUAAGCGAUACGUGUAUUUGAUGUACUGUACUUAUCGUACUCCCAUCAAGUGCGAAUGUACCCCAAAUGAUUAAGGAUAGUAAUAUAUGAAAGUAUAUACACAUAUACAAUAUCUGUUAAGUACUCCAAUUUGCUAAGAUCUACAUACAUGUUAGUUCUUUGUUUCAAAUGUCACCGAAAUGAGUAUCGAUGUUUUCAACUGAAAAUCAUUUAAAAUCGAUUGCACUUGACAACGAUGUUUUUGCAGCUCUAGCAAAUAUAUAGUUAUUCGCCCUAUAGAAGUUCCACUGUCCACCUAUACGUAUGUACAUUUUUGGCAUUACGUCAAAAUUAUUGUGGCAAAAGUUGGCAAGACAAUCACACAAUGUCAAUGGCCGAAACGCUGGACUAUCUCAUCCUGGGCAAUCCAUUCAGUCAGAUUGUCAUCGCGUCGGCGAACGCCGUCUUGGAGAGCAUCGGACUGGAGGAUUGGAAAAUGCCAGUGGAGGAUUCCGUCGUGGCACUGCAUCCUUCGGCGCAAUCGUAUAUGCGUUCGCAUAGCUCACUGUACUGCCUCGCCGGAUAUCAUUACCAUUUUAUGCGGCUAGCCGGGAUCGGCGGCGCAUCGGCCAUCUUUAUGAGUGCCUACUGCAAGUAUGUGCUGCGGGACAUCGAAAGCAUCAGGGAGCAACUGGACUCGCAGGCGUUUGCCGAUGUGGCCAAUCGCAUCCACUUCCUGCACUCCUUUGCACUGAUGGCCAUGCCCCUGGCCCAUUAUCCAUUCCUCACCGGCACCCUGAUGAUCACCGGGACCCUCGCCUUCAGCGGCUCCAUGUACUAUCGCGCCCUAACGGGUGAGAAAUGGAUGCAGCCGUAUGCCACACUGGGAGGAUUCUGCCUGAUGGCCGCCUGGUUGUCAUUGGUGCUAUAGAAGUCAAGUCGAUCUCAAUCCACCACUAGUAAAUAUAGUCAGUCCUAAAAGUGAAGUCUAGCAGGGCUGGGCAGCCGGUGGAAGACACUUUUAUGAUAUAUGUAUAUUGCUAUGAUCUGUUUUGCCCAAUAUAAAUCAAAUAAACAAUAAAUAAUAGACGACAGUA